AUGGCUUCGUCAUCAUGGGAAAAAUUGGAGAUUUCAUUGACUCUGUUCUUAGACAAAGAUAAAAGUAAGGCUCUAUAUGCUGAAGCAGAGAAUGACUUUGUCAAUGUCUUAUUGAGCUUCUUAACAUUGCCCCUGGGAACUAUUUCUGGACUUGUUGGUAAAGAAUCUACUUUACUGCCUUGCACGUUUAGCUGCAUUUCCUCACUGCGUCAGAGUGUGGAAAAUCUGGACCUAAGACACUUUACUUCUGAUGGGUAUAAAGGAAAGCUGCUGAAUCCAAUCAACCCAAGUGUAGCAAAAUUUAAAAAUCUGCUAUAUAACUUCGAUGAUCCCCAAAUGUCAAAUUGCUGUGUUCGGUAUCUUCGCAAGCCCGCAUGUUUUGUUGUCUGUGAUGAUCCAAGAGUGAUGCCUAGUGAUCUGAACACAACCUUAUGGAUACUACGUUUUCUUGGAAUUGAAUAUGCUCCAGAGAAAUUGACUGUGCAUGUGACUGAGAAAGUGGUGAACGUGUUGGAUCUCCUGAAGUUCUCUUUAUGGUCUAAAACACCAUUGACAGAUUCAUUCCUGCACAAAAAGCUCCAAAUUCAGAACU